AUGACCGACUACGGCUCCGACUCGCUUACUGCGAGCGUCACGGCCAAUGCUGUACCGCAAGUAGUGCCAGAUACACCAGACCUUGCCGGCACCGAGGAGGGCAGAGCUUCUCCCCCACCACCUUCUCAUGCCGACGCUUCUCCGUCCUCCUCCUCGGCGUUGGUAUCGGACCCGGUCGCGGCUGAACGCGCCAGCGACCCCACCGAAACCGCCAGUCCGGACUCCUCCGGUAGUCGUCGCCCAACGAUAUCUCUUCUGUCGCGCACGCUCGAGGACAUGUCGCCGUUCAUGGAUGAACCGCACAAGGCCUACGAGUCCCCUCCCCCUGUCACAUCGCCUCUCCCUGGCGCAAACGACGACACUCGACCCAAGACCGCUUCCGAAGCGACUCCACCGGUCAGGCUGCCCCAACCGCCGAGGUCAAGUACCUUCCAUGGGAGCUUGAUACGCGAAGGUUCACAGGACUCGCUGGCAGGAAUGGGAUCCAUUCGUGUUGGUACCUCGGCGUUGGUCUCUGCUCUCACGGCUCUUCCCUGGGACAAUGACACGGAUGACGACAUGUCGGCAGCAGACGAAGAUGGCGAUGCACAUGACACAGCCAGGAUGGCAAAGACAUCUGUCUUGCCUACGCGGCCGAAGAUACACCGACUCAACUCGUCGCUCCACACUAUCCGCGCAAUGGACUUGCCUCCGUUUGUUGACAAUGACGACGACAACACACCUGUUGCCACCAAGUCGUCGUCCCAUUCCUUCCACCCUCACCGGCAGAAACUCCAUUUCCCCUUCAAGGACAACACGAUCGCUCGCCGCGCACGAUCGCCGUCAAAGACCGAACUCGAUUACCAGCUCGCCCGCAAAAAGCGUUCCGAAGGUGGAGGCGGUUACCAUUCUGGGGAGGGCAGCCACGACGAGCGCUCGCCACUCCAUUCCGGUGCCGAGUCUGAACCAGUGGAGCAGCCUGCUCCCUCAGACACCGAUGUGGAGCCCAGGCCGCAGGAGACACGUCCUGAGAGCCUUCCAGACCUCCAGCACACGGAUACUGAGACCCGACUGUCCGAGCAUACCAAGAUCAUCCGCAAGGACAAGCUUGCUGCACGUCUGCAGCAAGUCUUUGGUCUGGACGAGCAGGAGGAGGUGCUUGAGGAGAUGAACUGCUGGCUGUUACGGAACUUCAUGCUCAAGGGUUACAUGUUCUUGACAAGGCAGCGAAUCUGCUUUUUCGCCCACAUACCUGUGGACGAAAACACUGUUAUCCGCAGCGGGCCUCUGUGGAAAAAGUCGUCCCAGACCAAGCUGAGCACCAAGUCGUGGUUUGUCCUGCGCAAUGGCGUUCUCUCGUGGUUUGAGAGCUCAAACGAUCCCUACUUCCCCAAGGGCGUAAUCUCACUACAGUACGCGUCGACGUGUGACUCUGUCGGUGGUGCACGCUUCAAGGUCCGCACAACGGAACGCAACUACACAUUCAUCGCCGACACUGUCGACAAUGCGGCCGAGUGGGUUAAAGCGAUCAACAAGGUCAUCUUCAAGACACAGCACGAGGGUAACAGCGUCAAGCUCAUCAUUCCUCUGGACGCCGUUGUGGACAUUGAGCAGAGCCCGACACUCGAGUUUGCCGAGACCAUCGAAGUCAAGGUGGUUGACCCCGACGACUCCAUGUCCGUCGAAAGCUUCUUCUUUGCGUCGUUCCCGGACACCGACUAUGCGUACGAAGUACUCCAGAAACUCCUGCAAGAUCGUCCUUCCUCAACUCUCCCCCAGGUGCCGUCGACGACCACACUGCAUGCCACAGCCGACAACGCAAGUGACCACUCCGUCCCACGUCCUGGAUCCUCGGCGUCUGGCCAGUUCGGCUUGCCUAAGAUCGGUACCGUCCUGCGUCCUUUGGGUCUUGGCGGUGAACGUGAGGGUAAGGCGAGCAGCGAUUCGCGUGUGCCCAUCGCCGCUCCCCCCAAGCCUACCCUCCCCCAUAGCCACUCGGACACGGACUUUGUCACCUCGGAGUCUGAGGCUUCAGACUAUGAAACGUCAGGCCCCAAAGGCUAUCCACCCAAGCAGAGCGGCCCACCUCCUCCAAGCAUGGAGCCAGCAUCAAGCUGGCGAGGCGGUAGCUGGAUUCGUAACCCUGCCGCCAAGCUGUUUGGCACGUCCCCCAGCUCUGCCGAGCUCGGCAAGCGCUUCUCGAUCAACCAGGACCCACCGCGCAGGCCGUCCAAUGUCACUGUUGUGGUUGAGGGUGCCCUGCCUAACAGCGACGACGAGGCGAGCGACCAUCCCUCCAACCACAGGCUUCACCCUGCCUCCACCAUGUCUUCCACCAUGACCAUCAGCUCUGGCCAGUCCAAGAUCCCGCAUUCAAAGUCGAGCCAGUCCGGGUUCGAGACAGUCGAUGAUAACGUGUCCAGCAAGUUCCACUCGUACUUUGCUUUGCCAGAGAAAGAGGAGCUCAUUGCCGACUGCUCUGGUAGCUUGUACCGUGUGAUCCCAGUCCACGGCCGAUUCUACAUUUCGACCAACUACUUCUGUUUCCGUUCCAACCACUUGCUGUACAAGACCAAGGCCCAAAAGGCAUUCCGAUUCGCCCACUCGGGUCUGAUUGUCAUCAUCAAGGGCCACGAGGAGCUCUUCCUCGAAUUCUCCUCCAGCAAGCGUCGCAACGACUGCAUGAGCCUCCUCGAAGACCGCAUGGAGGCGUUGCGCGAGGGCAACUUGCCCUCGCACACCCCAGACGAGUUCCCUGAAACCAUCAUGGAAGACCUCGACGAGAGCCUGUGGCGCAGUGGUCCCUCGGCCGCUUCCCUGCCCUCGCCCAUGUUUGGAUCGGCAGCCUCGUCCUUCCUCGAGUUCAAGCCAGAGCCCAUGACCAUUGUGUGCCUCACGAUUGGGUCUCGUGGUGAUGUACAGCCGUACAUUGCGCUGUGCAAAGGGUUGCAAGCUGAGGGCCAUUGUUGCAAGAUCGCCACUCACGGCGAGUACAAGGACUGGGUGGAAGCGCACGGCAUUGGGUUCGCCAGUGUUGGCGGUGACCCCGCAGAGCUCAUGCGCCUUUGUGUUGACAACGGCAUGUUUACUGUCUCCUUCGUGAAGGAGAGUUUGGGCAAGUUCCGAGCGUGGUUUGACGACCUCCUCACUUCAUCCUGGGCUGCAUGCCAAGGAGCCGACCUCCUCAUCGAGUCUCCGAGUGCAAUGGCUGGUGUCCACAUCGCCGAGGCUCUCCAGAUUCCAUUCUACCGCGCUUUCACCAUCUUCUGGCGCGCCAUGGCUGGCCAGGUCAACCGCUGGCGCAAGAACGAGCUCCACCUGGACGCGACAACUCUGGACAAGCUCCAUGCGGAUAAGAUACCGUUCCUAUACAACUUUUCGCCGACGGUUGUGCCGCCCCCGCUCGACUGGACCGAGUGGAUCCACGUCACGGGAUACUGGUUCCUCGACCAUGCCGACGGUCCAGACAGGAAGGCUUGGACUCCGCCCGAGGGCGUUGUCGAGUUUAUCGACGCCGCACAUGCGCGUGGCAAGAAGGUGGUCUACAUUGGCUUUGGAUCAAUUGUCGUAUCAGAUCCGCACGAGAUGACGCGCUGUGUCGUUGAGGCCAUUGUCCAGGCGGACGUCUGCGCCAUCCUGUCCAAGGGCUGGUCGGACCGUGGCAACGAAGCCGCAAGCAAGGGCAACAAGGACGGCGCCGACGGCAUCGAGUACCCAGACAGCAUCUUUGCCAUCGACGCCAUUGACCACUCGUGGCUCUUCCCGCGCAUUGACGCUGCCUGCCACCACGGCGGCGCCGGCACGACGGGCGCCAGUCUCCGGGCUGGUAUCCCCACGCUGAUCAAGCCGUUCUUUGGCGACCAGGCCUUCUGGGCCGAGCGCGUCGAGAGCCUUGGCGUCGGGGCGGCCAUUCGCAAACUCACGUCCGAAUCGCUCGCCACCGCCUUGCGUGAGGCGACCACUAAUGAACGCCAAAUUACCCGUGCCAAAGCCGUCGGCGAAGCUAUCCGCAAGGAGAACGGUGUCCAGCGCGCAAUCGAGGCCAUCUACCGCGACCUCGAGUACGCCAAGGCCAUCAUCAAGCCGCUUCCGGGCGCGAGCGACACCAGCCUGGUCAGGAAGGUCUCGCACUUCGGCCUCCACUCCGUGCCGCCCGGUACGCCGCGCAAGUCCAAGUCGCUGCGCGAGCCCCGUAGCGAGGGACACGGGCGCGCGCAUGGCCACUCGCACUCGCGCUCGCGCGGGAUCUCGACCGACCGCGAGGGCGGCCCGGGGUCCGACGAGAGCUGGUCCGUCGUCUCGGACUCGGGACACGCGAGCCAGAUGAACUCGCCCGCCAUCCACAUUUCCCAGCUCCACGACGGCGGGUCCGACCCCAGCACCCACUCGUGCCCUACGCCCGCAGAGGGCGGCUCCGGCAGCGGCGGUGCCGGCCGGCGCGAGUCGAGCUUUGCGGCACUGGGCAACUUGAUGGGCCACUGGCUCCCGAAGAGCGCCACGCCGCGGGGACCGCCCACGCCCGAGCCGGCCGAGACAAGUGAGGACAAGUGA